AUGUGGCCAUCGCUCUCCGUCCUAGUGCUGGUUUUAAAUGUGCCAGGUGAGGUUUUACUGGUGUGGUACUGUAAGGCUUGAAGGCCUGUAUUAAUCUGGUUAAUUUUUAAAAAAUUAAAUUUUUAUUGAUGUAAUAAUAACAAGUUCAAAACUUUAAAUCUAUGCUAAUCAACUAGGAAUACUUAUUUUUUGUACAAAGUUACUCCCCGAUCGUACACUUUCGUGCAAUUUCUCUUAACAUGACAGGUAAAAACAUGUAUUUUGGAAAGCUUUACUAACAUGCCACCGGCAAUUAACUUUCAAUGCGUACAAAAUAGUACCACAUUCUCAGUAAAAUUGCCACCUUCCAUUUGUAGUUAUAGAUGCUAACCUACAUUUUCAGUGAAAGCAUUAUACUGCUUCGAAGGUACAAAUUGUGAAUUGUCAGCAUGUGGAGAAUGUGAAGGUAUAGCCUGUGUGAGAGUACUACAAUCCCCCGUCCGCGAGUCCUACAACACCUUCUUCGGCUCGAUGAAGAACUUUAUGGGUGGUGAAGGUAACGACUACUUUUCGUCACAAAACGUCGCCUUCACCUGUCUACCUGUGGGAACUCGGAUGUACGACCUAGAACCAGAAGGCUGUCGUGUAGAUGUACUCAAUCAACGGAAAGCUUGCAUAUGCUACAACAACGACUACUGUAACAGCAGUUUUCGACCGCUCACUGUAAUUUGGCUGACAACUUUCUUGGUAUUGUACUAUACUCUGGCGCUUUAA